AAAUAUGGCUACAAUUCCUUUAAUCGAACUAAUCGUUUGACACAUGGUUUGACACUUUCAAUUGACAUUCCUCUAUGCGACUGAUUUUUUGUCAAGGACGCGGGCUUGACAUCAUGAUUACGUGUUUGAAACGGAUUACUUUGACAAUUUGUUCGUGACAGAGUGAUGUCAACGUAGAAUAUGACUAGAUAUUUUAGCUUACUUAGUCGUACGUGUUACAGCUUCUGACGUGUUAACGUAUUUCUUGAGUUAUCUCAGAAAGUCGUGGUGAUUGUAAGGGAUUGCUGUGAAUUGAAUUGUAAGCAAAAAAAAAAAAAUUCUUUCAGUGUGUUACCUUCGACUUCUUAUUUAAGAAAAAUGGGUCUUGAAGACUACAAAGAUCUUGUUGGCACUGUUGCUGGUAUAGCAACAGUGGGCCAGAUGUUUUCUGGAGUGUUCAUUUGCAAAGACAUAGUUCAACAAGGGUCUACAAAAAAUGUUCCUGUGAUACCGUUCCUAGGUGGUGUUUCAAUGUCUAUAAUCAUGCUGAAGUAUGCAGACAUGCUGCAGGAUGGCGUCAUGAUGAACGUAAAUCUUACUGGUCUUGCCCUUAAUGCUGCGUACUUGAUAGUUUACUAUUUGUAUUGCCAUGAGAAGGGAGCGUUGUGGUCCCAGGUAUUCAAAGCAAUGGUGGCUGUAGGGCUAGUGCUGGCGUAUGCUGUGUUGGACAACCCUGUCAGAGCAGAGUUUUGGCUCGGCAUGAUAAUAACAGCAUUUAUGUUCGCGCUUAUAGCAUCCCCUCUUCUGUCUCUGGGCGAGGUCAUCAAGACGAAGAGCACUGCCAUGCUUCCGUUCCCGCUGAUUCUCUCUGGGACAGUCGUCACGUUCCUGUGGCUGCUUUAUGGAAUCAUAAUUCAAAAUACUUUCAUUCAAGUGCAGAAUGUAGUUGGGUUGUUGCUAAGCUCAGCGCAAUUGAUGCUUUUCGCAAUAUAUCCUAGACGUCCUGUCAGCAUCAAGAAAAAUUCGUGACUGCACUCCACAUAUUUGCAGUUGCACAAUAAAUAUUUUAGCCUGUGAUUUUAGAUUUUAUAGCAAAACCAUCUGCCUGCAGAAUUUAUAGCAAUACCUUUAUGUUAUAUGUUUUAAUUUUUUUUUAACUAUUUUGAUUGCACACUUGUUAUAUUUUGUAUUCGUACAUAGAUGCCAGACAAAAUCAUCAUUGAUUUGUUAAAUGUUGAUAUAAACUUUUGUUGUUUUUAGUUAAGUUUUUAUGCUUAAAAAGUCGUAGUCGUAGUUAAAGAUGUAUUUCGUAAAGUAGGAUACAAACCAUAUGUGCACUAUAGUUCAAUGAACAGUUCAUUGCUUUUGUCAAGUAAAUUUUUUUUAUUUUUUGGGCUCUCAAUAAUUCUAAAAUAAUAAAAUAUCUUAAUAAUAUUUUGUAAACUGUGAUACGGUUCCUAUUGACUAAUUUUUAAUGUACAUCAGUAUUCAUGGUCCUAUUUCACUGCAAACACUUGGGUUAACAUUCCAUUUGCUAUGAUGUCAGAGAAUUGUAAGAGAUUUUUUGUAGGCUUGAGUCAUUAUUAAGUACAGAUAAUUGCAUAGCUAAGAUGCCACGAUCAUUGUGUGAAUGCCUAAGCCUAGAAUCGUUGAGAGGGCAAUAGAGUUGAAUUUUUUUGACAACUACUGCAGAUAAUUUUGAUGGUGCAUCAGGUUCUUUGAGGUAUUAAACAGGUGUGAGCACAUGAUGUCACAACUUAAGUUUUCUUCGCCUUUCCCAUAAAUAAUAGUAGGGUUUUGUAGAUACAAGCAUUUUGCACUUGUAUUUUUCAGUUUCUUAACUUAGUUUUGAGAAAUGUUUAUUCAUAAAAGUGUGUCUAUUUUUGUUAAAAGAAUAUAUCAACUGGUUUACUUAAUUUUAAAUGGCUUGCAUUAAAAUAAAAUGGUUAACUUUAAUGAUUCAAAUAAUAAUAAAAAGUUAUUAAAUAACAGGACAUAAGUUGGUGAUUGUUGAACUACAAUAGUUCAUUUUCAGAGGUUAAAGAAAUAAGUAUUGGUCAGGUGUUUGCUGUGAAGACGGGACUUUAUAAUAGGUUUUCCUGUAUGUUGUGCCUUUGUUAACUCUGUGUGGCAAAGUUUACUCUUAACAAGUUUGCACUUAUACGUUCUGAAAAUAUAGAAACGGAAUGUGCAGUUUCUUUGAAUACAUGGGUGUGCUUGUAAAUCAUCUCUAUCAUAAAACUUUACUAUUCAGCUUAUUGGUUUCAAUAAAGAACAAAUAGCUUAGUUGUAAAUUAAUAGUACCUGUGACUAAAUGAACACACAUAAAUAAUUUUGUUUAUUUACAUUUAAAAUAAAUUUUUUGUCAUUUUUGUUUUUAUAAUUGAUUUAGUGGAUUAAAAAAAUGUUUAAUUUAAUUGAAAUGUUUUUAAACUUCAAAGUUUUUGGUUAUGUACUGAGGGCGUACCGGUGCUAAGGUUGGAUUAUCGGUGGAAAUUAAUGGGCGCCACCACGUGAGUGGGCACGUGGACCCGGCUAGAAAACUCUAACUCAGGGCGUUACGUGGCCCAUGUGCGGCGAGAUAUUAGCCUUCCUGAUUUUUUACGCAACACCUGUCCCUAACUAAGCCCGCUCUCAGCGUCGGGCACGCUCCUAAUUAUCGCAGUGGACUCUCAGGGCGUCCCACACGCCACUGACUGGUUAAGGACCCACGUGGCCCCCCCGAACACAGAAACACGUGACUCAGUUAAUUGGUUUUUAUUACUCACGGUACACGCCCUUACACAAUCCUCCGUUGAUACAGCUAUAAAACGCCAGAGGCACGAAUUGAAUUAGGUGAGGAGGCGAACCACGCACGUGGUCGCCUCAAGUCGCAGACACGUCCACCCUCGGCCGGCUGGAGAAAGAGACUGGGCUGAGACCAGGGCUUGCGGGAGGCAACAUGGCGCCCUUCGCGCCGAACACAAUUACCGUUACAACUUAGCUGUGGCGUGCCCCGGGUUACUAUUGAAAAAUACAUAAAUCCUUUUACAAAAAUUAGUACAUUACAUCCAUGCCCAGACCGUCUGUAAUAAUUACUUAUAUGAAUAAAAUGGUUUAAAUGAAGUUGCAUGCUAGUUCCUCCGUCGCCCGCUAGGGAGCGUCCUUGUUCGUGCUUGCACUUAUUAAAUAACAAAACAUCAUGAAUUAGUUAAAUAAAAGACACUCACAUGCAUAGCCGUUGUGACACUAUUUUGAGGCGAAAAGAAAAGGAUUACAAUAUUUAUUAAUAUAUAUUAGGGGUGCGGCGCACUGCAGCCAAGUGCCCUCUUGCCGGGCUAGCAACACACGCGCACACGCACGCACAAGCGGGAGAUUUGAACAGAUGGUGGCGUUUGGGCGGUGGCAUAUCGGGCUCAAAGGGGCCGCAGGCCCGGACGACGUCAGUACAUUGUAUACGUAGUUUAAGUAUUCUAAAAGCAAAAAAAAAAAAAAAAUUGUCUCAGAAGAAUAUUUAUCUGUCAGUGCUGAUGUUUUUAACCUAGACACUGUGUGCCUUGAGUAAAUUGUUGCUUUUAAAAUAAAAUUGUUACAUUUGCUGAAAAGAAGGUAUUUUGUGAGUUAAUGGAAAAGUUGAGAGAGAAAUAUAAAUUAUUGUAUUGUUAUUUACAUGUAA